AUGUCGACCGUCACUGAAGUCACCACCAUCGAUGCCUUCAACCAACACAGGUCUUCGCUGCCGGCGUCGACUCUGUUGGUGCUCAACUUCCAUACGCCAUGGGCCGCACCUUGCGCGCAGAUGGCCACUGUCCUUGCGACCCUAGCCUCCUCGUUCCCCGCCACAAGCCCGCCCACAGUCUCUUUCCUCUCCAUCAACGCUGAGGAGCUCCCCGAUAUCUCAGAGGACUUCGACGUUACCGCUGUUCCUUUCCUCGUCCUCCUUCGCGACGGCAAUGUCCUUGAGACUGUGAGCGGCAGCGACGCAUCCAAGGUCCGAGAUGCAAUUGAGCGACACGCCGGAGCUGGCGCAGACGGCGCUGGAAAGACACAGCUGCCUCCUCUCCAGCAGGUGACCCCCCGGGCUGCUGCUGAGCCCGCUCCCACCACCAACGGCGCGACCAAAGAUCUCAGCGGCUAUGCGCCUACCGCUAACGAUCCCGCUACUGCUCCCGCGAUGACCGACCCGGCUCAAUCCUCGAAGGAAGAGCUCUUUGCGCGUCUCACAGAAUUGGUCAAGGCUGCGCCGGUCAUGCUCUUUAUGAAGGGCUCCCCGAGCGCUCCCCAGUGCGGUUUCUCGCGCCAGCUCGUGGGUCUCUUGCGUGAGAACAGCGUUCGCUAUGGCUUUUUCAACAUUCUUGCCGAUGACGAUGUGCGCCAGGGUCUGAAGGAAUUCGCUGACUGGCCUACUUUCCCUCAAUUGUGGGUAGGCGGCGAACUUGUGGGUGGAUUGGACAUUGUCAAGGAGGAGUUUGCCAAUGAUCCCGAUUUCCUCAAGGACUACAGCGUCAAGGCCUCUGCUUGA